GUCCUACUCAAUCUUCCGCAGCAACAACUGCGUCCACUCGUUUUGUUUUUUUUCGGGACGUCCACUCACACAUUUGGGACAUCCCUCGCCAACAUGGCGCUCGCUCUUCAGCAACUUUUACUUUUCUUUCUCGUCAGCUUUCUGUAUGCCGCCCAGCCGCUGGUGGCUCACUCGCACAACCACCGCACUCAUGACAAGAUCCACCAAGUCCUUCAUGAACAUCAUGUGAGGCGCAAUGCGUCUUCGCUCGCCAGCAACGGCACCGCGGCUGCAGUCCCGGGAUCGGCCGAGGACAUCAUUGCCCGAUUCCAGCAAGCCAUGGCUGUUGCCAACCAAGCUAUUCUCGAGGCCCCCAAGGAGAAUGUUCCCCAGGUUCAGAACUCGACGACGCGUCGGCGCAAGAGAACAAAGGCGCAGCCGUUGGACUACUCGGGAGACUUCCACCAGCACGCCAACGGGACCGUCUUCCGGAGAGGCACCAACGGAACCACGGUCUCGGGCAGUAACAGUAACAGUACUACCUUCACCAGGGAGUCCUACACGGUCCCGCCCGAGGUGGCCGAAGCAGCACGCAUCUUGGCCGAAGCGAACCCGCUCCCCCCUGCUGAUUACGAUGUCCUCCUCGCUGAUGUCCGGGCGCGGAUGGCGAAGCGCAAAGUGCACUUGAAUGACACCAACAUGAUGCCGCAAAAGAUGCAGCGUCCCUCGGGUCUCGUCGAGUACGUGCCCCCGGCGGAGCUGGCCAUCACGGUCCAAAACGGCACCCAGGUGGCAGGCCCCGAGCAUCCAGUGGAUGAUUAUCUCGACGACACGGACGAGGAGGCGGAUCCGAGCGCCAAACUCGCCAAACGAGCGGCCACGACGUUUUGGAUGGAGACCAUGACGCAGCGAGGCAGUGCACCGUAUGCGCCGGCGGGUUAUAAGGUGUGGCGCAACGUCAAGGACUAUGGGGCGUACGGCGACGGCAUCCACGACGACACGGCCGCCAUCAACCUGGCCAUCUCGGAAGGCGGGCGGUGCGGUGCGGGCUGCCCGGCCAGCACGCAGUUCCCAGCCACCGUCUACUUCCCUGCCGGCACCUACCUCGUCAGUAGCCCCAUCAUCCAGUUGUACAACACCGAGAUGCUCGGCGACCCGUUCAACCCGCCCGUCAUCCUGGCGGCCGAGAGCUUCUCGGGUCUGGGUGUCAUCACGUCGGACGUCUAUGUGGACGACGACGUGACGUGGUACCUCAACCAGAACAACUUCCUCCGCAGCGUGCGCAACUUUGUCAUGGACAUCCGCCCGACGCCGCAGUGGGCGUACGUGUGCGCCAUCCACUGGCAGGUGGCCCAGGGCACGUCGCUCGAGAACAUUGCCUUCAUCUCGACCACGCCGGCCGAGUACGAGGACACGACGCACCAGGGCAUCUACAUGGAGAACGGCAGCGGCGGCUUCAUGAGCGACCUCGUCUUUGUGGGCGGCAACUUUGGCGCCUAUUUUGGCAACCAGCAGUUCACCACCAGCGGCCUGCUCUUCGACAGCUGCCGCACGGGGCUGCAGAUCCACUGGGACUGGGGGUGGACCAUGCAGGACACGGAAUUCUACAACUGCCGCAAAGGCAUUGUCAUUGUGGGCGGCGCCGGCGGACCCUUCAGCACCGGCCAGGGCGUGGGGUCCCUGUCCCUGGUCGACGUCCACAUGUGGGGUGUGCCCGUCGUCGUCGAGACGUCCCUCUUCGCUGAUAACUCGACGGCGCUGCACAUCAGCAAUGGUGGUUUCGAGAACUGCGCCACCAUCGUCCUCGACAGCCAGACCAACACCGUGCUCUACCCCGGCAAUGCCGCGGGCCUGACCAACGUCAUGUCGUGGGGAUUCGGCAAAGUGGCUGACCCGAGCGGCGAGACGGGCUUCAUGAAUGGCGCCGACAUGCCGGCCCCCGACUACCCGGCGUCGCUCCUCGUCUCGGACGACAUCCACCCGCGCGCCAAGUUCUUCCACCGCACGCGGCCCAGCUAUGCGGACCCGGGCAACAGCCAGAUCUUCGACGUCAAGGCGCUCGGCGCCAAGGGCGACGGCACCACCGACGAUACGGCCAUCCUCAACCGCAUCCUCGACGUGGCCGCCAACGUGUCGGGCAUCGUCUACUUCCCGCACGGCAUCUACAUCAUCAAGGACACGCUAGAGGUGCCCGUGGGCUCGCGCAUCAUCGGCCAGGCCUGGCCGCAGAUCAUGGCCACCGGCGCCCAGUUCCAGGACAUGGCGAACCCGCGGGCCGCCGUGCGCGUCGGCGCCGUCGGGUCCGUCGGCGUCAUGGAGAUCCAGUGCGUCAUGUUCACCGUCCGGGGUCCCACCGCCGGCGCCGUGCUUGUCGAGUGGAACGUCCACGAGUCCACCCAGGGGUCUGCCGGUCUCUGGGACUCGCACAUCCGCGUGGGUGGUGCCAAGGGCAGCGACCUGCAAAAGGCCGAGUGUCCCAAGACGGUGCAGAACAAGGGUUGCAUUGCCGCGUCCAUGAUGAUGCACAUGACGGAGAAAUCGUCUGGUUACCUCGAGAACGUGUGGAUGUGGGUGGCUGACCAUGACAUGGAGGAUGCCGAUCAGAUCCAGAUCAAUGUGUAUGCGGCUCGCGGCAUCCUCAUCGAGUCCCAGGGCCCGACGUGGCUCUGGGGCACCGCGGCCGAGCAUGCCGUCCUCUACCAGUACCAGCUGUCCGGGGCCAAGAACGUCGUAAUGGGUUUGAUCCAGACCGAGGCGCCCUACUUCCAGCCGUCGCCCAAGGCACCGGCUCCCUUUGAAAAGGGGCUUGUGUUCAAAGACGACCCGACCUUUGCCGACUGCCCUGCAAACUCCAAGACGUGCGCCAUGGCCUGGUCGCUACGCAUGGUAGAUUCCACAAACGUCUAUGUCAUUAGCGGCGGCCUGUACACGUGGUUCCAGGACUACUCGCAGGACUGUGUCAACAGCGGGGCCAACGAUUGCCAGCUGAGCACCUUUUAUGUCGAGCAGAGCUACGAUGUCUGGAUCUACAAUCUCAUCACCAUCGGCGCUAUCCAAAUGAUCACGCCUCUCAAUGGGCAGCCCGUUAUCGCCAUUAACAACCGCAACGGCUUUGCCUCGUCCAUCGUGACAUGGCUUGGGGGUGCCAACCAGACGGUGGGCGGCAGGAACAUUACCGGAUACACGCUCUAUACACGGGACGACCUGGCCAGUUACGGCUUUUCGGAACAGUGCAAGACGGCGCUGACGGCCACCCUCGCCUGCGUCGACCAGACGAUGCAGUGGACCUCGCCGGCCUACCGCGGCUCGCUGGGCAAUGCAACCCUGCAGGACGAGGUGUGUGACGUGGGCUGCCGCAGCUCGCUGGCGUCGUGGUACCAGGGUGUCUCCACCAGCUGCGCCGACUACACGUGGAACUCGGGUGCCCCCCUGGAGAUGGCCGGCGGGUACGUUUGGUACGGGUACAACGAGAGCUGCCUGACCGACACCAGCACCGGCCGGUACUGCAACGAUGUCAUUGACGAGUUCAGCGAGACCGAGACGCUCGACGGCAUGCCAAACAGCGAGCUCUGCUCCGGAUGCUUCACUGCCCGCGUCCGCAUGAUGCAGAAGAGCACCUACUCAGUCUACAAUACGGUCCCCUGGUACCAGAUGGCCCUCGAGGCGAUCCAGGCGCGAUGCUCGCUACAGGUGCCGAUGCCGACCGAAGUGCCGCCGCCCCUGAUUGUGGUCCCCACACCCGAGCCCUUUUGCGUGUCGGGCAACUACUACACCGCCCAGGCCGGGGACACUUGCAACUCCAUCGCCCUGGCAAACGACGUCUCGUCGGCCAAUGUCUUCUACGCCGCCACGGCUGCUGGAUCCGCCCGCGGGUGCAGUGACCUCCCCGCCGGUCUGACUAUCUGCCUGCCGCUUACCUGCAUGACGUAUCUUGUCAAGUCCACCGACAACUGCUUCACCGCCUCGGCCAGCGCCGGCAUCGACGACAUCGCGGUGUACAACUCGUGGAUCGACGACGGCUGCGACAACCUCCACGAGGCCAACGCCACGUUGGGUUCCGUCCUCUGCGCCUCCCCGCUCGGCGGCACCUACAUCCCCGGCACGGCCACCAACACCUCGGGCAUUCCCGGCGGCGGCAUGGCCAACUACAGCUCCGUCGCCGUGGACCCCCCCACCGGUGCCACGGUCGCACCCAGGACUGUCAUGGAAUGCGGCCGCUGGUACGUCGCGCAGCAAGACGACACGUGCGCCUACAUCACCAUGACCUACUCCAUCGGCCUCUCGCUGUUCGCCAAGAUGAACCCCUCCAUCGACGCCAAAACCUCGGGCGGCUGCUCUGCCUCCAUCAUCCCCGGUUACGCCUACUGCAUGUCUCCCGUCUUCAACCCCUAUGCAGGCUCCAGCAAUCGCACUUACACCACCAAGCCCUUUGGGUGCUGGUCCAACCUCGACAACUCGUCACAAGUCCUUCUGGGCUCCAUCUGGACCGACGGCACCAUGACCCUCGACACCUGCGCCAAGGCCUGCUUCACCGACGGAUUCACCCUUGCCGGCUUCAGCGGCUCCGACACGUGUCUAUGCGGCGACCAAGUGUCGAUCAACUCGGUCCAGCUUUCCACCUCGACCUGCGCCACCAACCAGGACAACGCCCUCUCUCUGUACGGCCUCUCGUCGGACGACGACGGCGAUGCAACCCUCCUCCUCACCUUCCAGUUCACCGACGUCGGAUGCUUCGCCAACUCGGCGCUCAUCACGGGCUCCGGGCCCAGCGCCACGUGGGCGACCAACAACACGGUCGGCAACUGCGCGUCCCUGUGCGGCUACGCACAUCUAUGCUGCGAGGGCGGAUCCGUUGCCGAGGCCUGA